UAACGUUACGGGUGCCUUAAACUUAUCCUCCGCUUCUCUAAUUCUCAUCCUUUCCUUUUAGUUUUGGGUGGGUAAAACAAAAAAAGAAAAUGCCACCCUUCGUUGUUACACCCUCUUCUUCUUCUUCUUCCGUGCUCACCCCGAAACUGUGCAAUCCUCAAGUGAAACGAUUCGUUUUGCAGUUCGCGUAUCCAAAGCGUUCGCGCACAUUUCUAGAACCUUCUUCUUCUUCUUCUUUCUCUCCUAUGAGGAAAACUAAGGAGGAGGUGGUUGAAGAACGGCUUUACAGAGAAGAAUAUGUCCACCCUCGAAACGAUGACGUUUUGGAGGACGAAGAAGAACGAGACAAGAGGCUUGGAAAAGCGUGUGAAGUGUACGUGUGCAACCUGCCCCGAAGAUGUGACGCAACAUACUUGCUUGAUAUGUUCAGGCCCUAUGGAACCAUUCUAUCUGUCGAGGUUUGCCGGGAUGCUGAGACUAAUGAAAGUAAGGGGUGUGGUUAUGUGACACUGGGAUCUAUAUAUUCAGCAAGAAAUGCAGUUGCUGCAUUGGAUGGAUCAGAUGUUGGUGGGCGCGAAUUGCGGGUUAGAUUUUCAAUUGAGAUGAAUUCUAAAAGGAGGAGUUUUAAUAAAAUGAACUCUUCCACCAAGAGAAUUUCAUACUAUGAAUCACCUCAUAAGCUGUAUGUUGGCAAUCUUGCCAAGACUGUUAGACCUGAACAGUUGAGAGAUCUCUUUAGCAGAUUUGGAAAUGUGGUUAGUGCAAGAGUGUUGCAUGAUUUUAAACAAGGGAACAGCCGAGUCUAUGCCUUUCUCUCCUUUCAAUCAGAGGCAGAACGUGAUGCAGCAAUGUCUCUCAAUGGAACAGAAUAUUAUGGACGUACACUAAUCGUUAAAGAGGGUGUAGAGAGGAGUGAGGACUGAGCCUUAACUGGAGCUUUAGUGUCUGCAUAAUGAUGGCAGCAAUUUUGGUUUUUUACAUGACUGAAGACUUCUCUAGUGUGUAUAGCUGAGGCAUAUUUGUGGGACUUCUUCCUGAACUAGAAAAUGCUAUAUCAAAGAAGAGGUGAGCCUGACAUUUCGGCAGUUCAGUAAAAAUAUGGAUUCAUUCUAUUUUACUUCUCUUGUAUUUCAAGUUGCAGUGAGUGAUAUCAACGUAUUGUAGUUGAGUCAGUUUGAGUUUUGAAUUUAACCAUGGCAUGAAUACUACUACCAUUGCUACAACUGUUGCAGAGAAUUGUGAAAAUGGGAAAGUGAAUAACCUUAUGCAGAGUAAAGCUAUUACACUAA